AUGAUGAUGAUGGAAGAAUUAUUUAAAAAUAUUAUAAAUAAUGUAUAUCUUUGUCAAUUAAUAUUUAGACAUGUUAAUGGUAUACAUCGAUGCUUAUCAUUGAAUUCGAACAAGUACACCUAUCAAGAUGGUCAAAAUGGAGAGGGUGAUGAAAAGUAUCGUACAAUAGAUCCGAUUUGGUUGGCUCGUAACAAGUACUAUCAAGCAUUAAAGAAUGGAUUUAGAGAGGGUAGAUUCCAAUCUUUUCAUUUUCAAGUACAACAAGAUUGUGAAUACGGUUAUGAAUAUUUGAUAGAUUUUGUACAUACUGUCUUGGAUGAUAGUAAAGAGAGCACGGAAUUCUUUAUAAUGUAUAUCUAUCCUGUUUGGAGAGGUAUAUAUCUUGUCGAUAUUAUGGCUGCAGUAAACAACCUAGAUAUUCAAGAGUUUCUAUUAUCACAUCAACAUGAAAUCACUUGUAAUCAAGGUGGUGCUACAUUCAGAGCUACAGACACUUCAUCAAAGUAUGGGUAUUUGGAGAUGGUACAAUUCUUUCAAAAUCGUCGUCCGUCAUUGGGUCAUUCAACAAAUUCUAUUGAUUUGGCUGCCUCAAACGGACACUUAAAUGUUGUCCUUUAUCUUGUACAACAACAACAAGAGAACAACAAUAGUGGACAACAAGAAGAAGGAUUUACAACGAUUGGACUGGAAGGAGCAUGUGAAGGAGGAUAUUUAGAGAUUGUAAAAAUUUUGGUAGACAAUUACCCUAAUAGUUCGGUGAUGGGAUAUCUACCAAUGGCAGCUGGUAAAGCGUAUGCAAAAGGACAUUUACAUAUUGUAGAUUAUAUAAUCGAUGAACAAAAGCAAAGUACCAAAUAUUGUUAUAUGGGUGCAACAUCACCCACCCUAUUUAGACAUUUAUUGGACAGUGGAAGAGCAAAAUUAGAUAUUCAACUAUUACUUCACAUCCUUGAAGAUGAUUGUGUUACAGUGUUGGGAGAUAUAAUCGAUUCAUAUCCACAAGAACUUUGGAAUAUUUGGUAUGACACUGUUGACGAGAUGAGACAACACAUCUUUGGCAUGAUAUUGUCAUGUCUAGCUGCCAAGAAAAAUAAUCUUACCACUCAAAAUACACUAGACAAUGUUGAAUUGCUUCGGUAUCUCUAUCUACACUUAAUGUCACCCAUGUGCCCUGCUGCCAUCCCUCACCAUGCAAUCGAGCGUGCUAUUAUUGAAAACAAUCUUCCAAUACUGCAGUUUCUUCAUAAAGAGGUGGGAUGUGGCGCUUCAGACGACUGCAUGACAUAUUUCGGCUCGAGUGGAUCGGUGGAGGUAUCAAAAUACCUGUUGGACAACUUUUCAGACUUAAAAGUCACAGAAACUGCUAUUGGGUUAGCUGUUUUAAACAAUGGCCAAGUGGUUAUUCUUUUCGAUCAGUAUGACAAGUCACAUCCCCAACUACUCUCUAAUCCUCGAUUCUCAAAGGAAAUAAUGGACGAGGCAAUAGGAUAUGGCAAACUUGACCUUGUAAAAUAUCUAUACAAAAAUAGAACAGAGGGAUGCUCAACAAAUGCAUUUGGGUUGGUGUCAAAAUAUGUUUGUCCCACUUCCCAAGCCAAUCCUUAUUAUCACUUGCCAAAUCCACACCCACUAACAAUCAUUCCAGAGACCAUAACUCAUGAAAUGACUACAAGCCAAAAAGCAACCCAAUUGGAAAUGGUAAAGUUUUUGGUACAAAAUUGUUUGAAUUAUUGUAAACCAAAUGCUGAUUUGUUAGAAUUGGCAAUUGAUCAUUCUAAUUAUGAUUUAAUUGAUUAUAUUAAACAAAAAUCUUUAAUUACAAUGAUUAAAAUAAAUAGGCUAAACUUUUAUAUAUUUAUAAUACUACAAAGAAGGGUUUAUUAUAUAAGUGAGGGAUUAUUUAAAUAA